UUGCCCUACCACACAGAACACGGUAUACCACACCGCGAUAUCUCUCCCACGUCCGUAUCUUGUACACCGUCCACAUUGACAUGAUUCACUCGCCAAUCAGCUAUGAAACAUGAAUGAAGGUCAGGAUGUUGUUCUUGUGACCAUACAGAAGGUCAACUCAUCUUAGCAACUACAACUACGACAACGAUACGACUGACAAGCGCCGUCGUUAUGGAUAGAACAUCUACAAACACUGAGGAAGAAAGAGAAAGACUGAUAACAUAUGAGGGACCAAGCUAUGAAAGUGUGGUCAGGUUCAAUGCCAAUCUGGAUUCUGUACACGUUCAGGUACCGGAAGUACAGGAGAGGCCUCUAGCGGACGCUCCAACAUCGCGGAAACCAGGCAGCCACCGUCGAAAACUGACACUAGUGGCUCUGGCGACCAUGAACUUAGCUGCGUGCAUGUGUUACGCCAUCCCCGCUCCCUUCUUUCCCGGAGAGGCCCAGAGCAGAGGUGUAAGUGACACGGCUGUAGGCCUAGUGUUUGGUACCUACGCCUUCUUCUGUAUGGUAACAGGUCCGCUCUACGGGAAAUACAUCAACCUUAUCGGGGUAAAGUUCAUGUUAAUAGCGGGGAUGUUCGUGGCGGGAACCUGCUCAGUUUUGUUCGGUAUGCUGGACUACAUGGAGGGGACGGUAUUCCUGGCCUUCUGUUUCGUCAUUAGAGCGAUGGAAGCCGUGGGCGUGUCCGCCUGCUACACGGCCAGUUUUGCCAUCAUGGCCAAGGAGUUCCCGGACAACGUGGCGACGGUUUUGGGCACUCUGGAGAUAUUUACGGGUGCGGGGAUGAUGAUUGGUCCGCCUGUUGGAGGAGCUCUAUAUUCCCUUGGUGGAUACAAAGUGCCGUUCCUGGUAGUCGGCGGCUUCAUGUUGGUCUGUGCAGUGUUCAUGCCGCUGAUACUGCCGAGACAGUCAGAUAGCGAUCUCGCUACAGAGGAAACGGCGUCACUGCUGGCGCUGCUGAAAGUUCCUUCCACAUACAUAGCAAGUUUAGCGAUCAUGACGUGUGCGGCUGUCUAUGCAUUUCUGGAGCCAACACUUCAGCCCUAUUUGGACUUAAAGUUUGAUAUGACCGAGGCGCAGGUGGGUCUGAUCUUCCUUCUGAGUGUGGGUCUGUACACGCUGUCGGCACCGCUCUGGGGAUGGCUCACGGACAGAGGGAUGUUUCCGCGGCUCACCAUGGUUCUCGGGCUGCUAUUCACUUCAGCAUCCUACUUGCUGAUCGGUCCCUCUCCUCUUUUAGAAGGCGUCUUUGUGACGGGAAACGAGCUGUGGAUGGUGCUGGUGGGGCUGGGGUUGUUGGGAAUCAGCCUGGGCGCCGCGCUGGUCCCAACCUUCUCCGAACUGCUCAACUCUGCAAGAGACGCCGGUUUAGAGGAGGACAGUCUGGCGACGUAUGGCCUAGUGUCGGGGGUGUACAACUGCAUGUAUUCUUUAGGUGAGUUCAUUGGGCCGACAAUAGGCGGUUUCCUUGACGACCAGUAUCAGUUCCCAAUCGCGUCAACUGCUACAGCCGGGUUUGGAGGAGUUGUUGUCAUAGGGAUGUCAUUUUUCUACCUCUAUGAAAACCGGUCGCGAGAAAAGUCACCAAGUCCCUGCAAUGGCACCGGAAGCAACUGUCAGCUUCAACAUUUUUUAACGGGUGAACAAGACCCUGCUUUUGUAUGACGUAAUAUUUCCUCCAGCAGCUAUUCAAACAAUAUUAAGACAUUCUAUGACUCAUUCGUAGAUGGUUAGAAGAAGAACUUUAUUGUGCAACUGUACAUUCAUGACGGGUUAACUACCUGACGUGUACUUCUAAUAUAUAACAAUUCUAAUUUAAAAAAAGCUAUUCUAAUCUACGAAUAACAGUAGAAAGUUAUUAUAGUACGUGUCACUGCUUUCCUCAAGAUGCCUAUAGCAUUGUCAUUAUUUUUUCUCACGUGACAGUUGAGGCGCACUAAAUAGAAUUAGUUUCUCUGUGUGUAGCCGUUAUGUGUAGUCACUUUGUAAGCACAUGUAUAUAAAACUAGAGAAAUCUGCUGUUCUUCCUUGUUUUGUUUAUUCUGCUUGAUACUAGGAACAUUAUACAUAUGAUUGUGAGUGUAUGU